AUGACCAGAGGCAGUCUUCAGUGCUUUCCUGGGAGCCUUAGCGACCUUACGGUUAAUCAAGUUAGAACCAGAGCGAAAAUAGGGAAUAAACCGGAAUGGAAAGUGACAGUCACCAAUAAAUGCAUUUGUAGCUUCUUGCAAGUGAUGCUACUUUGCCCUGGAUUUGAUUCUGUCGAAACAAUUAAGCCCACGUCUAAGUUGGUUUCCAAGAUCGGCCCGAAGUUGUGUCUUAUUAAUGACGGGAGCCCUAUCUAUGGUGGAAAAACAUUCGUAUUCACAUAUGCCUCGGAUCAAGAGAUUGCAUAUGCUCCAUUUUCCUUUCAAGAAGCAUGCUCUUGA